GGUUAUCCAUUUAGGAUCCCGGUAAGCCCAGGAGCUGACAAACACUUGGAUUCCUCUUGGGACUGUGGUGGCUUGAGGACAGCAGGCGUGCUCUGCUGAUUCUUCUUCUUCAGUGUCAACAUGGUGAUCAAAGUCUUUGUAGCCACAUCCUCGGGGUCUACAGCGAUCAAAAAGAAACAGCAAGAAGUAGUGGGUUUUUUAGAGGCCAACAAGAUUGACUUCCAGCAGAUGGACAUAGCAGGUGAUGAAGACAACAGGAAAUGGAUGAGAGAGAAUGUCCCGGGUGAAAAAAAGCCUCAGAAUGGUAUUCCCCUCCCACCACAGAUUUUCAACGAGGAGCGAUACUGUGGGGAUUUUGAAUCUUUUUUCUCUGCUAAAGAAGAAAAUAUUAUUUAUUCAUUCUUGGGUCUUGCUCCUCCUCCAGGCACAAAGGAGACUGAAAAAUCUGAGGUUACAGAUGAAGCUGAAUCACACACAGAAGACAAGGCAGAUGAAGGGGCUCAUGAAGAGGCUCAGUCUGCUCAGUCACCAUCAGAAGAUCAACAGGAAAGCAAAGAAGAACAUGCAGCAUCAGGGCAGGAAAAGGGAGAAGAGCAGCAGGAAGAAGGAGAGGGAGAGGAAGCAGUGAAGGAGCAAGAAGAGUCUUAGUACACUUCUCUUCUACACAUUCUUUCUUGAACAGGUUUUCAG